AAAAAACAAGAGAGAGAAAGAGAGGAAGAGGCAAGUACUGCCUAAGCACAGAAACAGCAUUUUUCCACAAAUUCUUUCCUAACCUUUUCCUAAUUUCCCUUCGUUAUACGCAUGCUUUCUUUCUGCCUCCACUUCCUAUUACUAUUAUUCUAUCUCUCUCUUUCUCUUCAAUUCAACUUCUUUUCUGUUUUUCCAAAUCACCUUCAAAAAUUCACUUGAUUUUGGGGUUUAGAUUAUUAUCAAUUUAUCCUGUAAGCUUUAGUUUUGCAAUUAUACACCUUUGUUUUUUUUUCCUAUGAAUUCAGUUUAAUUUGUUUUGUGUAAGUAGCAAUUGUUUGGAAUUGGAUCCAUGUUUGUUGUUUUUGUUGUUUGAUGAUUAAAGUUUGAAUUUUUAUGUAAUUGGUUCAAUUGGGUAUUUUAGUUUUGUGGAUUUGGAAUCUGGGUUUUGGAAAUUUUGUUAGCAAGUUUUUUUUUUUUUUGACAUAUGGAUGCUAAAUUUUGAGUGAAAAAAAAAAUCAGUUUUUGUAUGAACCAGUAGUUUCAGAGAUGCAGGGUGGUGGUUUUGGAAGUGGGAGUUCAAAGUGGGAUUUGAAUGAUUGGAGAUGGGAUGGUGAUCUUUUCACUGCUAAGCAACUGAAUUCAGUGCCAACAGAUUGUAGGAAUCGGCAACUUUUCCCGGUUGAUCCCGAAAAUGUUGAUGGUUCGAACAAUUUGGUUUCGGGUGAAGGAAGUAGAGAAUUGGAGAAGAGAAGGAGGGGUUUUUUCGAUGAAGGGUUGGAGGUGAAUGAUGAUUUUGGUUCUCUGAAUUUGAAUCUUGGGGGUCAAGUUUACCCGAUUAUGGAAGGGGAGGAAAGAAGUGGCAAGAAAACGAAGAUUACGGUGACUACUACUUCGAAUCGGGCAGUUUGUCAGGUGGAGGAUUGUAGGGCGGAUCUUAGUAACGCAAAGGAUUAUCAUCGUCGUCAUAAAGUUUGUGUUGUGCAUUCUAAGGCUAGUAAAGCGCUGGUGGGAAAUGUUAUGCAGCGGUUUUGUCAGCAGUGUAGCAGGUUUCAUGUUCUUGAAGAGUUUGAUGAAGGGAAGAGAAGUUGUCGUAGGCGUCUUUUAGGUCACAAUAUCAGGAGGAGGAAGGUACAUCUCGAUGCGGCAGGCUCUCCGAUUGAAGAAAGGGGGACUAGCUAUCUAUUGCCGAGUAUACUAAGGAUACUGUCCAAUAUGCAGUCAAACGAAGCAGAUCAUUUGGGAAACUCAGAUGUUCUUUCUCGUCUACUUGGGAACCUCGCAAGUGUAACUGGUGCAGUAAACGGAAGGAAUAUAGCGUCAUUUUUGGAAGGAUUUCAAAAUUUAGUAAAAGCUGGUACAUCUGGAGCUGCACAAAAUGUUCCAAACACAAAUCCAAUUGGUUCUGAAGCACCAAGACCUUCCGAUUCUUCCCUCAAAAUGAAUAACAAUCUAAUCCACCAGGACCCUCCUGAAUCCAGGUUACAGUGUGCGACAGUUCCUUCAAAUCACACGGCUCCAAAAUGUAUACCUUCAAGCAGUGUUGGCCUUCCGCCUCGACCAGUUGCCGUUGAGACUACAGCCGGAAGAAAUGGUUUAAUCAAUAUUGACCUGAAUAAUGUAUAUGACGACGCGCAGGAUGUUGAGAACCCCGAAAGUUCUCGUCCUUACGUGGCUUCUGGGGUUGGAUCUCAUGAUCAUCCUUCAUUUGUACAAUAUGAAUCUCUCAAGUCAAGUCCACCACAGACAAGUAGAAACUCAGAUUCAACCUCCACCCAGUCGCCAUCUAGUUCUAGCGGGGAAGGCCAGAGUCGAACAGAUCGAAUUGUUUUCAAACUCUUUGGCAAGGAUCCUAAUGAUUUCCCUGAUGUUCUUCGAUCACAGAUCCUUAGCUGGUUAUCCCACAGUCCCACAGAGAUCGAGAGCUAUAUAAGGCCAGGCUGUAUUAUUUUAACCAUAUGUCUCCGGCUAGAAAAUUCCGCAUGGGACGAGCUAUGCUAUAAUCUGGGAUCUAGCUUGAGAAAGCUUCUAGCUGCAUCGAAUGAUUCAAUUUGGAGAAUAGGGUUGAUAUAUACAAGAGUGCGGAACUCUGUAGCUAUUCUGUAUAAUGGUCAGGUGUUCUUGGACAUGCCAUUGCGUCUUGGAAGCCAGGAAAAUUGUCAGAUUUUGUGCGUUAAGCCCCUCGCUGUUUCCGCGAGUACAGACGUAAAAUUUUCGGUGAAAGGGUUAAACCUUUUCUUGAAUAGUGCAAGGAUACUCUGCGCACUCGAAGGAAAGUAUCUGGUAGAGGAUAGGUGUUAUGAUUUGAUUGAUGGUUCUGGUGCAGCCACUGGACAUCACGAGCUUCAGAAUCUCAGCUUCUCGUGUCGUAUACCAAAUAUGUCCGGAAGAGGGUUUAUUGAGGUCGAAGAUGAUUGUCUCGGCAGCUGUUCCUUUCCAUUCAUAGUUGCCGAGCCUGAAAUUUGUUCCGAGAUAUGUAAUCUGGAAACUGUCAUUGAAGCAGCGGAGACCGCUGAUGACAUCCAGAUAAAAGCUAAAUUAAUGGAAGAAAAGACCCGGGCAAUGAAUUUCGUACAAGAAAUGGGUUGGCUCCUUCAUAGAAUCCGUGUGAAAUAUAGGCUAGGGCCAGCGGCACCUGUUCAAGAUCGCUUUCACUUUAAUCGCUACACAUGGCUUGUUGGCUUCUCUAUGGAUCAUGAUUGGUGCGCUGUGAUGAAAAAACUAUUGGACAUUAUCUUUGAAGGCGAAGUUGAUACUGGAGAACAUACCUCUGCUGAGCUUGCGUUGUUAAACAUGGGCCUUCUGCAUAAAGCUGUAAAGAGAAAUUGCAGGCCUAUGGUGGAACUACUGUUAAACUUUGUGCCAAUUAAGGCGUCAGAUGGCGGAGAUAGUAAAGAGAUGCAAGUCAAUAAAUCCCCCGACAGAUUCUUGUUUAGACCUGAUGCUGUUGGGCCUGCUGGAUUGACGCCCCUUCAUGUUGCAGCAAGUAUGAAUGGUUAUGAGACUGUAUUGGAUGCGUUAACCGAUGAUCCGGGAAUGGUUGGAAUUGAAGCAUGGAAAAGUGCCAAGGACAAUACAGGUUUAACACCCAACGACUAUGCAUCCCUUAAGGGCCACUAUUCCUACAUUCAACUUGUGCAGAGAAAAACAACCAAGAACAACCCAACUCAACAUGUGGUUGACAUCCCAGGCACCCUUGUAGACGGAAACACAAAGAAGCAAUUAGACGGACAUAAAUCAUCAAAAGUUUCCAGUUUCAAUACAGAAAAUAUUGCAACAAUGCCAAAUCAUUGCGGGCUUUGCCAACAGAAACUGGCCUACAGCAGCGGCAUCGGCGGCACGAGGAGGGCACUUGUCUAUAGGCCGGCGAUGCUGUCAAUGGUCGCGAUUGCAGCUGUAUGUGUCUGUGUGGCUUUACUCUUCAAAAGCUCCCCAAGAGUUUACUAUGUAUUCCAGCCUUUCAGCUGGGAAUCUUUGGAGUAUGGUUCAAUGUAAUGUUUCUUAUAAGAAGUUCCUUGCACUAGGCCUGCAUUUUUUCUUCAUUGGAAAAGUGAAAGUCUUGGUUCUUGGAUGUACACCACUUAUUGUUUUUGUAGUUAACCAAAAACAAUUUAAGUUAUGCUUUCUAUCAAAUAUAAUGAGGUUAUUAGGUCAUAUAUAUAUGCAUUGACAAUAUAGUAAGCCAAAGACACCUCGUAUUAUUUUCUUCUUUUCAUUUUGAAUUUCUCUUCAAAAUAUUAUUCUUUCCACACACUCUUGU